GAACUUGACCAAGGUUUUAUGUUCGGCUUCUGUUGAUUUUUUCUAAUCUUCCUUCAAAUUGCAAUGUGUCGUUGGUAAAAUAUGUCCAACUUAUUGCUUAGAUGUGUUUUUAAAACACCGGAUGGAUUGUUAAUAAAUGUCAGCAAGCUUGUAAAGCGAUUCCAGUUUAACUUUCGCAAAGCACGUGAAAUUUCAACUAAUACAUUCUGUAGAGGAAAAUUGUGUUCGACUGGCAGAAGUGUCUUUAACGUAAAUUACGUCAAGUUGUUAAGUACUACUAAUUUAAACUGUGUGAAAUUUUUUGCAGAAAAAGAAAAUGACUAUGCCCAUUUUGUUAUGGAAAGUAAUGCAAGCUAUUCUCAAACUCUCUACAAGAGACGUUUACUUGAGCAUAAUUCAUUGUGUGACGGUGAUUACAUUAAGUACAUAAGAAGCGAUUGGAGUAACUCUUCUCCGUCGGAAUUGCUGUCUGCGUUCACAGACAUCACACAUUACUGUGCAGCACGUUCGAAACCUAUAACUGAUCCAGAGCUUACCAACUUGAGCAAAGCUGUAGCAGAGAAGUGUGUUGACUUCAGUGAUGAAGAGCUGCUAAAAUGUUUGGAGUGUCUUACACAUUGGCCGGAAACAGAAUCUCUUAAAUCAGUCAAUUUUGUAGAUGUGUGGAGUGCAUUAGACAAAGCAUGUUUGUCUCGCAUUAAAGUUUGGAAUGCCAAAACUUUGCUCUAUGUGGCAGAUAUCUGGUACUCACUUCAUUUGUCCCGUAUCUCUAAAUACGUAGGCGAGUGCAUCUGGAGGCUUGGACGCAAAGUUAGACACCUGUCACCACAAGAGCUAGUCCAAUGUAUGUUUUACAUGAAUUCCAGUAGAAAAUUCAAAGUCCCAAGUUCUAUGUACGAGUUCGAGUUUUAUAUAGAGCAGUCCAUCGAAAAACUGUCCGUUGAUGAACUGUCUAUCAUAGCCAUGGGUUUUUUCAAAAGUAAAACUCAAAUCCGUAGUUCUCGUCUCUUGAGCUGCAUGAUGCAGAAAACUGGUGAGAAGAUAAACACAGUCAACGAGGUAUCACUUUGUUCUCUAAUGAAGCUGUUUCGGUAUCGUCUGCCUCUGCUUCUGAUAAAUGAUGUGAAGGAGCUGUUGGAUAAAACAGUGCCGAACAUCAGUCGUCUCUCGCUGCUGUGCUGUGUGCAAAUAGCUCUGGUAGGCUCGCCGGUCCAGCUGUUCCACAGACAGAUAAUCACUGCAGUGGUGCAGCGGUUCCUGGACGAGUUGCCAACCAGUAGACUCAAGGAUAUCGAGAGAAUGAUAUUUGUAUUGACUCUGUUCAAUUACGUCCCGGAGUGUGCACCAGACUUUUUUGAACAGGUUACUGCAGAAAUACAAAAUAGUACAAGAGAAAGUGAAAUUCAUCAGUAUCCUCGAAAUUUGGCAUACUGCUUGAACUACUUGUCUUUCAAAGGAAUAUAUCUUACUGACUUACUUCAUAAAGUUAUGAGUCAACAGUUCAUUGAGGAAACAUAUGAUGGUAAAAACCUGUACAGCUUGGGACGGGAACUGCUAUGCUUGGAUGUUGCCAUUGAAAUUGACUGUCCCAGCUACAAAGGGAAUCGCUUGGACCCGAGGUAUCGUCGCUUCCUGGCCAAGAGGUACACCAAGUGGGUCCCAGAUCGCUCCAAGAAGAACCUGAGCGUCACCGAGCGCUUGUUCGUGGAUGUCCUGGAUGCAGUGGAGGGGGCGGUGGGUAGGGAGUGUGUGUACGCGGAUGUAAUCUCUCCGAACUACGCGAUACCAGACGUGGUGCUCGCAGUGGAUGCCGACGGCAAGGGCAUCCCGGUGGCGGACUUGUUCAGCAACUACCGCAUAGAGGACGUCAAGUAUGCCCCGAGACUAGCCCAGAGUGGUAGAUGGUUCUGCGUGGUGGUUGCGGGCAUGAACAUGUUCAUCAGGAAUGAAAACACCCUCCUGGGGACCACCAUCACCAAGCUGAGGCAUCUUGGCAGGAUUGGUUAUCGUCCCAUCGUGGUCCCAUGGUUUGAGUUUAGUGAUCUCUCUGCUGCUGAGAAACCAGAGUACCUCAGGAGAAAAAUAUUUUCAACAAAUUGCACUCAGUCAGAGGCUACGUGACAUCUUGGAUAAUGCCUUCCCGAACAACGCAGGCAGUCACCCAGUUGUAGAGGAUUGCUCUCCAGUGAGUACCGCUGUUUCACUCUGCGCAGCAGUGGGCAUCUUCAGGCUGAGAGUGGUUGUGUUCCUGCAUACAAAUAACACUGCUCAUUCGGAACUCUCGACUCGGCCGUAUCUUUGUCCGUCAUCUCCAGCACUACCUGGCAACAUGACCUUCAAGCCAAGCCUUUGUGUAUGGAGCUGAUGUAUUUUUAUAAUAGAUUUAACAAAAAACAGCUUUAAAAAUGUUGUGACAAUGUUGUGUAUGCAAUAUUUGGUUACAACAUUGUAGUUAGUAGCAAAAUGACGACAGAUCACCAACAUUUGUACUUACUUCCUAUGUUUUUGUUUUUUGUGGAGUAGGUAACAGUAGACACAUACAUAUUCAUUAAAAAAAAAUUUUCAAGUCUUUUUUACAUUCAUUAUGAAAAAUUAAAAAGACAAUUUGGAUUGUAAUUUAUGAAUAAAUAUUUAUUUAUCAUUUAUCUGGUAAGAAAAAGGAUAUUGAAGUUUCAAAUUAGUGGUGAUUUUGUUCUUUUUUUAUUUAAAUACUUUCAUUAAAAUUCUAGUGUGAUAUUGUAAUAAUAAAAAUAUAUUUUAAAAUAAAUUUCUUUACUAUUUUCUUACUUAUGUUCAUCUACUUCAUCAUGGGUGAAAAAAAAAAUAUUUAAUGUCACCAGUGUAGUAUUACAUGUGGUCUGUUUACGAAAACUGAAAGCUAUUUUAAUUUUGUUUACAAUCAUUGCUUCAUUGCUGCCUUCAUUGACAAAACAUCAUUGGCAGAAAGAUACAAAGGUAUUGGCACAAUUUAGUCUUUGAGAUAAAUUAGAGAGUUGCAAAUGAAAAUUCAGAACUACGUGGUCGGUAAGCAUCACAGUUGAAGUUCCCAGGGAGCAUCAAAGAUGGCAGCACCAGAAGAUGAUAGGUCGGCAUGCUUGCGCCAUACAGAGCGACCUUUACUGUUCGAAAACUUGCCGUAGGUAUUGGAGAGACCGUAUGUAGCCGAGUUCACAAAAAAAAAAAAAAGGUAACUUUGAAUUAUGUAGUGUAAAAAUGAGUACAUAUCAAAUUGAACAAUAUUAAUUUUGCAAAAAAAAAAAAAAAAAAAACAGCCUCGGAAGCCACACUCGGAAGCGUUCAGUUAGUUGGUAAUGUAAUUAACAAAACACAAGUCGUACUUGGUUACUGAAGAUUGUGGUGGUAAAUAAAAUGUCACUCUAGCAUAAGAAAAAACUUCAAUGUAACCAAAUAUUAUAAAUCGAAGGGUGUGGAACAUGUGGUGGCUUGAUGGGCUCUCCAUAAUCAUUCGACUGACCCACGCACACAGGGCACACAUGGAUUAACACUAGUUAGCUAGGAGAUGGAUAUGGCCGCUAAAUGUUGGAGAAUGUUGUCCUCGAAGGUGAUUAUGAAUGCAAAAACUUGAUAUAGGAAUCUUGGUCAUUUUAUUGUUUUAUAUCGAAGAUAUUAUUCAGAUUCAAAAUUCUAACUUCUCAACCUCAGUACAAGAAAUAAUAUUUGGCAACAUGGAUCCAAAAAUGAUCCAAACUCAUCACCUUGUUUUCAUAACUUUUCUGCUAUCUAACGUACAGUAUCUGAUUAUUACGUUCCAACAGGUGGAAUUGUUGUAAUGAGGGAGUUACGGAUUAAAUCAAUGAUAUUAAUCAAUCAAUCGGUAAAUAAAUCAACCAAUAAGCCAUUACCUAAGAGUCAGUUAUUUGUCAAGUAGAUUAUUUUAUUGGUAGAACAUUAUUAAUCAUUUUCACUGACAACUGUAUAAUUAUUUUAGUAUUUUUAUUUUACUGUUCCAAUAAUUCCACUUUCUGAUUGUCUUAUGAUCUGAAUUAAAAAUCAAGUAAAAAAAAUUAUGUUUGGUUAUUG